ACUGAUGCUCAUGAUAUAUCUUUUGUAAAAACUCGUCUUUUAGCUUCUAAACCUCCCUGCAAAAAACGCACCACGCGAGAAAUAUCCAAGCGAGUAACCCUAGUUUCUCUAAACAAAACCAGCAUCAGGACCGUUAAAGAAGCGGACAAUAAGCCCUUGCGAGUAUCAGACCAAAAGGAUGUUUGUCCUAAGACCAUCAGACGAAUCCAAAACUCCUCUCCCUACCGCCCAGCCAAAUAUCCUCCCCUGCAAAAUCCAUCACGACGGUCCUACGGAGGUCUCUCAAAGGCAUUGGAGCCCAAUAACGGAUGCGGACAAUCCAGAACUAGCAACUACAUAUUUUCGUGGUCGGAAACUUCGCGGCCGGCGAAUUGCACUUCCAGAAGGGUAUCAUGGAGUCGUCGCCUCUCCAACAGAAAUGACUCUAAAGCAACCUAAGAAAGAUACGUCGCGCGGCUCGUCGAGACCUGACAACCCCGAAUGCAACAGAAACACCAAUAAUGACAGUGAUAACGAUGGUAACGAUGGUAACGAUGUUGACGAAGGUGAUGAUGAUGAUGAUGUUCAACCUUCUCCAACAAUUCUUGAAGCCCAGGGAACAUUUUCGAAUCUUAUUGUCUGGGAUCAUGACAAAGUACCUUCUACGGAUGAUGUUUUCAUGAAGGGAAUAGGCGAGUGGAUACGGUUUGCUGAAGCGAUGCAUUCGGAUAUCAAUCCAAUAGAUUCGGAGAAAACAUCCUAAAACACGAGAUGAGCGUAUAACCCGUGGACUAUGAAUGAUACCCUAUUUCAAUCUAGAAUAAUAAUCAACUCCAGUGUCUAUAUA